UCCAGGACCCUCCCCCCCCCCCAGGAUAUCCGCGGCUGACCGCCCAGGAGGGGUCCUUCUGGUGCCGAGGUGCUGCCCAGGGCUUCCCGAGCCACCGCGCGGGAGGGAGCUGGGGACCAGCCCGAGCCGGACAGGCCCCGCAAGGUCACCCACGUGCACCCCAUGGAUCUGUACGACUCCGGAGACGGGCUGCAGGCCUUCCCGGCAGAGAGCGGGCGGAUGAGAAGAGGAGCUGCCCCGGCGGAGGUGACCAGUGAGCCCAGGGGCGCAGCGAGGGGUCAGCCUCCGCGAGACCUUGAAGAGGAAGUGGAUGAGCUGGUCCAUCUGUACGGACUCGAAGAUGACGACGAACUGGCGGACGACGAACUGGGGGACGAGUUCGUUACGGAGAACGCGCCCAGGAUAGAGGUUUCGGAGUAUGCUCCCCACGUGGGCACGAGGGGGGAACCGGCCACGCGGCAGAGAGACUGGAGACUGGGCGCGGAGGCCGCGGGGGAGGCCGACGGCCUGGGCUUCGGGGGGUGGGGCUCGGAGGGCCAGUGCCGGGACCUGCGGGAGGCCUACCGGUUCGCGCGCGGCCGCUCCAGCGAGGAGUACGAGUGCUACGUCAUCCCAGAGGAGGAGGACGAGGAAGAGGCCCCCGACGUCUUCUGUGCCACCUGCAAAACUCCGCUGAGGGCGGCGGAGAAGGAGCUGGACGAGCACCGAGGGCAUGAGGUGACCCCGCUCAGCAAGGCGCUGGAAAGCGCCAAGGACGAAAUUCACAGGAACAUGUACAGGCUGGAAAAGCAGAUCAUUGAGAUGGAGAACUUCGCCAGUCACCUGGAGGAGGUGUUCAUCACUGUGGAGGAGAAUUUCGGGAGACAGGAGCAAAACUUCGAGUCCCAUUACAACGAGAUCUUGGAAACGCUCGCCCAAAAAUACGAAGACAAGGUGCAGGCCCUCGGGGAGAGGAAGAAGGAGAAGCUGGAGACCCUGUACGCGCAGCUGGUCAGCUGCGGCGAAAACCUGGACGCCUGCAGGGAGCUCAUGGAGACCGUGGAGGACAUCUGUCACGAAGAGAAGGCGGACUUCAUCAAGGAUGCCAUGGCUAUGGCUGACAGACUCAGAGAGUUCCUGGAAACGGACACCGACGUGGACGUGUCCGCGCAGCCGGCCCUGGAGGACCAGACCCUGGACUUCUCCGACGUGGAGCAGCUGCUGGGCUCCAUCAACGCCGUCCCAGCCCCUUCCGCCCCAGUGAUAAACCCGCAGGCCCCCAACUCCGCCUCGGGCUCCUCGGUCCGCGUGUGCUGGAGCCUGUGCUCUGACGACACGGUGGAGAGCUACCAGCUGUCCGGCCGGCCGGCGCGGGACGGCGCCCCGGGCAAGGGCCAAGCAGAGUUUACGAUGACCGUCAAAGAAACGUACUGCUCAGUGAGGAACCUCGUGCCAAACACCCAGUAUGAAUUUUGGGUCACAGCUCGGAACGGGGCCGGCGUCAGCCCCGCCAGCGAGCGUGUGGUGUACAUGACAGCGCCUGCUCCCCCCGUCAUCAAGAGCAGCGAGGUGCGGAGCUGCGAGGAGGCCGCGCUGAUCCGCUGGGAGUCUGGGAACCUGGGUCCCGUGGACUCGUACACGGUGGAGCUGACCCAGACGGAGACGCCGGGAGCCUCGGGCGUGACCGAGUCCGUCGUGGGCAUCCCCACCUGCGAGUCGCUGGUGCAGCUGCAGCCCCGGCGGAGCUACGCGAUCUACGUGCGCGCCCUCAACGUGGGGGGCCCCAGCGCCAGGAGCGAGCCCGCCGCGGUGCACACCACAGGCAGCUGCUUCCGCCUGGACGCGCACACCUGCCACCCCUGGCUGACGGUUUCCGAGGACGGGCUGACCCUGGUGCGCGGCGACGGGAGAGCCCCCGCGAGGGAGCCGCCCCCCAGCGACGCCCGCUUCACCAGGUGCGUCGCAGCCAUGGGGAACCUAGUUCCAGUCCGCGGGCGCCACUACUGGGAGGUGGAGGUGGACGAGCGUUCGGACUACACGGUGGGCGUGGCCUUUGACGACGUCCCGAAACAGGAGGACCUGGGAGCCAACUGCCGGUCCUGGUGCAUGCGGCACGCCUGGGCGCCGCCAAGGCAUAAGUACGAAUUUCUACACAACAAGAUGACCCCGGAUAUAAGAAUAACCGUUUCCCCGAGGAAGAUCGGCGUUCUGUUAGACUACGAAAAUUCGACGCUGUCGUUCUUCAACGCGGACACUUCUCAGCACCUGUACACGUUCAGCUGCCAGCUCCAGCAGUUUGUGCACCCCUGUUUCUCUUUGGAAAAGCCGGGGCGCCUAAAGAUACACAACGGCAUUGCGAUGCCCAAGUACGUCUCCCUCUACUAGACGGGGCCCAGGUGCCCUACGUCCUGCCUGCCUUCCGACCUGCCCGCCUCCGCCACUCACGCCUCCGCACGCCAGCACCGUGCGCCCAGCGCGGCUGCGGCUCCCGCGCCGCCCGGCAGACCGUGCGCUGGCCCUGGCGGCGCCCCGCCUGGGUGUGGUCCUGUGCACGGCCACCCGUGUGAUGCUGUGACUCGAGUCCAGGCCUGGCUGUGUGAGCCGAGGGCUCAGACUGAACGCACUCAGAGGUUCUUC